GUGAUGUUUAGGCUGAUGUGGCGGCCAUAUGUUGUUCGGACGGGCAGGUACAGCGCUGCUCUAGCCUGUCAGCAGCUCGCCUCGGCGUGUACCCCACAGCGCCGUCGAGGGGCGUCCAGUCAGGCGUCGACGUCACGUGACCAGCAGCCAGACGCCAGCGGCGAGCAAGAAGCUGGCGCCAAGGGAACCUCAGUGAGGAUGCGGGCUGUGUUGCGGCGACCCAGCCAGGGUCCUCUUGACGGGGGAAGAGCGCAGUCAGCAGGUUUGGUAGGCCUGGCUCGCAGCAUGCCGAGCAAGUGUCACGUGGAAAACCUGGUGCAGCAGGUGGGACAGCUGUCGGAUGUAGAGAAGUUCCUCUUGUACCUCAAGCUUCCUGUGGGACGCUCUCCAGACACCGACCCUUUGAAGCAACCAUUGAAUCCCCUUGGGAGUCGCUGUGAAAUUCAGCUAACAAUAACAUGGAUAAAGACUCACCUGGAGAUGAACAGCGAGGUGUCUCUGCCGAAGCGGGAAGUCUAUAAUGAGUACAUGCAUUACUGCAACCUCAAUAACAUCAAGGCUCUAAGCACUGCAGACUUUGGCAAGGUGAUGAAGCAAGUGUUUCCUGGAGUGAGACCUCGGAGGCUUGGCCAACGAGGGGCCUCCAAGUACUGUUACUCUGGCCUCCGCAAGAAAUGGGCCCUAGACCCACCCUCUUUGCCAGAUCUUAAUGACAACAUGACAAAGAAGAAUGUGCUUGGCGUGGAUUGUGUGGUUGAUGAGGGUGAGGUGGACAGAGCAGCAAAUUGUCUAGUGUUGGAGUGGGCGGAAAAACUUUGGUCUCUUAAAUUUGAAAGCAUUCGCGACUUGGCUCUUCAUCUGGUUAACCAAAGCUAUGUGGACAACAGGUCAAUGGCAGCCUUCACCCUGCUGUCAGUAACAGACCAAAAUCAAGGCAUGUUGGUGAGUGGAGGGACAGGGGGUGGAAAGCACAGAGAGACUCAGCUGCAACUUCAACGAAAGUUACAGGAACGGGAGCACAUCAGAGAGCAGAAGAGGAAACUGCAGGAGCAGCAGCCAGCCAUCAACAAGGCAAACAACGAGCGGCCAAAAUCUCGGAGGAGGAGUGGGGCAUCACGCAAUCCUUCUGGUGAGACUGUGACCAAUGGCACCUCUGUUGUGUCAUCAAAGUCUAAUUCCCAUCACCCUCCAGCAGCCGCUAUCACCACCACCAUUACUGCCACUACAAACACCACUAAUGGCAACUGUGAUAGCCUCCUCUCUGAGCUUCCUAAUGGUGCUACAGGAGAUAUCGCAGCUGGUGAUGGCAAUAAUAUUGUCAGCAUAACUAAUAUCAAGCAGGAAGAGAGUCUAGAGUUUCUGGACUCGCUCACAGAUGACAAGCUCCUAGAUGCCAAGGUAGUUAUAGAUGGCAAGAAUGGAAACUUUCACAGCAACAUCAUCACGAAUGUGGGCCAUACGCAGCAACCGCUCAGAAGAAAUUGCAAUACAAAUAACAAUUGUGAUGUCAAGGCUCCCUGUAACAAAGUACCAAACCCAAAAUCUAACCCUGCCAAGAAACCGUUCCUUAUUAUGCAGUCCAGCGCUCCCAAGACCACAUCACCCAAGUCCAGGUUCAAAGCCAUCCAGCCUAAGGUUACUGACAGCAUGCAAGGGACAUUGCCUGUGGGAUCUCAGUGGUCAGACAUAUUAGGAGGCACAGAGGACAUCACACACCCUAAAACUGAAGUCCUUUUGCCUGUAAAUUAUGGUGGCCAGUUGAUGGUUGAGUCUGGAAUUCAGCAAGUGACUCAGCGUGAACAGCAACAGCAGCAGCAGCAACAACAGCAGCAGCAGCUCCAGCAGCAACAGCAACAACAGCAGCAGCAGCAACAGCAACAGCAGCACCAACAGCAGCACCAACAGCAGCAGCAGCAACAGGUUCAGCAAAGACAAAAUCUGACUAAUAAUAACUGCACUAAUAGUCAUGAGGCAGAAGAAGAAUUAAUACAGUACUUCCACAAAAAUGCUGAUAUGGAUGAUGCUCAGAAGUCAAGUCAGCUGUCAGAAUUGCGGAAAUUGCUUCAGAGAAACCUACCAGGGGGUCAAGCUCAGGGGGGAGUGGGGGUCGGUGCUCAUCCACUGAUGACUGAUACAGACAUUGAUCAGGAUGUGCAGGGAACAGGAGGAAUGAGAAGAAGAGUAAGUUUCCAACCAUCACUGGAUGGAGGAGACAACUUGAAUCCUCUUAUGGGAGGACAGACUGUGGGGUCAGUGCCACCAAGUCCCAAUACACGCAGAACUCAGUUUAAUUUUACACCAAUAGGGAGUAAUCUGGACCAAACACAGGGUAUGUCUCAGUGCUCUAGUGCAAAUGCUAGCCCAUUUAUGUCUCCACGGAAUACCCCAUUACCUAGAUCGAGACACAACUCUGGUCAAACUAAUUCAACAUAUGUAACACCUCGUAGUACACCAUUUACACCAGACCAACCAAACCAUCCAGUUGCGUCUGAAUGCAGCACACCAUUCAUGUCACCAAUAACAACACCCUUGUUUCCAAGGUCACGUCACAAUUCAAAUCAGAAUCAUCGCAGUCCGUACACCCCUAAUUGCCGUUCCCGGCACUCCUCUGGUGCCCCUACUUUUAGACAUGCACCGUACACCCCAGAUGACAUGUCUAGUCGGCGUGGAGGGAAGUUCCGUUCAAGACAUUCAUCAGGAAGUGUUCCACCAUCUCCUUCCUCUGCUCCCCUCUCGCCACUGGUGCAAGAUGGCUCAGUUCACCCCCCUCAAGACUCAAGCAUACAACUCCCUUCAGCCUCCAUGUUACAUCAUAUGCUCAAGAAUAAACAAACUGUAAGUGGGUACAGUGACUUGCGCCGUCGACACAUGUCAGCAGGGCCAACUAUCCAUUAUCAACCUCAGCCUCCUGCUUUCUCUAUUGAUCCAUUAUCCCAAGAGGUGUCCAAUGUUAUGACAAACUCCCAACCUGGACCGAGCAAUGCCCUACCAGGUAAUCUGAAUAGACCCCAAUCAGUUCCACCUUUACAGAUGCUCAAUAUGCCAUCCUGUACUCAAGAAUCUUUUGCAAAAUCACAUCCCAACACACCUGUUGUUAAUCAGCAGUUUGUGUUCACUGAGAGUUGUGUGUCUCAACCUUCCUCUUAUGCACCUACUCCUGUACCCAGUGAAUGCAAUGACUUUACUGAUAGUUAUAAUUUAGAGAUUGACCCGAUGCUGGAUGUCAAUUUGUCUGGUGAUGCAGGAGGGACUGUUGGGCUGGAUUCCAUGGAUUCAUUGACUCUGACUAAUAGCCAUACAACAGACCUAUCAACACUUUCAGACCCUCUGCAAGUUCCUCCUAACAUUGACCCCUUUUCUGUGAGCUAUACUUCAGAAGCUGGGGAUAUGAGAUGUAUGGAAGAGCAAAUAGGAGUAAGUGAAGUGACUCUGAGUAGUAGCAGUUGUUGUAUGGAUAAUAUACAAGGACAGCAAGUUGAUAGUGGCGGUGGUGGUGGUGGACAGGGACCAUUAAUCAGUACAGCCUCCAUGCUCACGCUCAACGCUCUAAACCGCUCAUCGGAGAAUCCUGGUAGUGGGCUGGAGGAGGACUUCAGGCCAACAUUGCCGGAUCUGGGUGAUCAGGAAGUGUUCAAUUCUUUGGUGCUGGAUGUGAAUAAAGACUGACAUCAGCCUGCCACCUGGGCAAAAUAUUUGACAUAAAUUUGUCAGCUGCUGAGGGGGCACCCAUAGUCAUGAAAACUUUAAAGCUCGUGUUUUAAAGAUGUGAAAUUUGGGUAUCCUGGCUGAUGUUUACCUCUUCAACACAGACACAGUGCUGAAGCACUAGCACAGAUAUGCCUGAUUUGUAUACAUAGGAGUAUAGUUUAAAGUAUACAUAUGUACAUUUUGAGUCCAGUUUUGGUAUGCUGGAGUCAAGCUUAAAUAUUUCCUAUGUAUACUUGACUUUGGCUUGAGAUAUAUCUUGUUUGCUUAAGCACAGCUUAAGGUAUGCCUUUGCAUAUUGAAGUCCGUCUGGAGGUACAUUGCCUAUUGGAAUCCAUCUUUAGGUAUACUGCUAUAUGCUGAAUCUUAUAUUGUGUAUACUGAGGUCCAGUUUAAGGUGUACCUGUAUAUGUGAAUCAUAAGGUUCUCUGGACUGCCAGAGUCUGGCUUUUUAGCUUUGAUUUUACCAGUUUCCUGCAACUGCCGGGUAUGUGAUUCAGGAAAUAUUGGUGUUAACUUUUGUACUUUUUCUCUCUUUUUAUCCUGAGCUACUAGUCCCAACUAGUAGGUUGUCAGAGAGAAUCAACUCUCAGACAAAUGUGAUCUCAACAAAGGAACUUCUAUAUUUUAGCUCCCAUAAUUAGAAUAAGAGAAAAUAAUUAUUCUACCAAGCUCAUUGCAGCAACAGUGAGUAGUUGGGGUACCGAAUGGCACUGGGAAAAGAUUGUUACAAGAUGUUCGCACAUCUGGCCCAUCUCUCUGAGGUUAGAGCAUCACAGUUUGUUUCUUACUUUGUCAAUAGCUGCAUGUGGCUGUGAAUAUACCCCAUACAGCCAUUGUGUCUAUGUCUAGUGUGGCAUACUUCUUGUUGGUCUUAAUUUUUCUUCAUAUUGCAAAUUGGUAAUAUUCAAGAUUUUAACAUUUAUCCUUUUUUUUUGUAAACUUGUAAGUUUAUAUAUUUUUGGGCUUAACUGUGUUGCUUUAGUGAAUUUAUUAAAAAUAAAUAUUAACCACAUAAUUGCACUUGGUUCCUUUUCAAAGGAUGUUACAUUUCAAGUUAAAUUGAAACUUAAACUUGCUGCUUUUCACCUGAGCAGCAGGUGUUGGCAACAUCCAUACUUCUGAGAAGUUGUGGCAUCAAAGUCAAGCUCUAAAAGACUUGAGGAGGUUUGGUAGUGAUUGAGGAUUAGGUUUUGCUUGCUAGUUUGGCAGGUCAGAACCUUAGUUGAAUGUGCCCAACUGCUAAGUUUUGUUAAUUUACUUUAAUUUACUUGUUCCCAAGUAUGGUUUAACUUCCAGGUCUUUGCAGCUACACAGCAGCAUAAGUCUUGUUGUAACUUGAGACUUGGAUAUCUUUUUACAAAUCUUCAGCAUUGUGUUAAAAUGCUGCAGAAAUUGUGGACACAUUGUGUACCUUGUAUAUAUGUAUUAAGAUGUGUAAUAUAAGUAGUUUUGACUCUUGGAUGUUUGUGGAUUUUAGCAGAGGUAGAAUAAGGCAUUCAGUGUUUACUUUUUCACUGUCAUGACAAAGCAUUGACAUUAGUUCUUAUAUACACAACCAUUGGUUAGGAAGCAGCGACCGUGUCAGCUGUGGUGUGUGGGAGGGUCAUCAACACAUAGGUUUAAGUAAGCCAGCAGCAAUGAUGGUGUGCUAUAAGAGAGUAUGCUCAACAAUAUAUUAACUAGAUUUUAUUGUAAAUUAUACGGGGUUCUUAACACUCCAUAAUGUAUCUGUGAUAACAAAGAAAAAGAAAAAAAAACAUACAAAAAGUUUAAUAUUUUAAAAGUCUACAGCAAAAAGAUUAAUUUGUAGUUUUCACUUUUUUGAGUUACUGCAAAGGUUAUUUUAGUAGGUAGGUAUAUCUAUAUAUUUUUACCCCACCAACUUACUUUAAAUCCAUGUGUAAUUUUGUGAUCUCGACCAUUGAUGUCAGGGAGUAGUUUGUGGUGUCAGCUUAGAUAAAACAAUCCAGGAGUAGUGUGCAGAACUGAUUGGAUAUGACCAUCAAAGCAGUGCAUUUACCAUGUUUGGUGUGUACCCAGGCGUGGAAGUGAAGGGAGUAGAGCAGUCAUUAAAUAGCGGAUGCUGGAAGUAAGGAAUUGGAAGAGAGAGCUAAGAAUUAUAGAUACACAAGUCACUUUGAUUUUUAGUAAGUGCAAGGGUUGUAAAACAAGUGAAGACCAGACAAAAUUAAGUUCUUAUGUUCUAUAAAAGUAAAGAAAGGGAAGAUGGAUAUGUAAUGCUUGGAUUUUCAUUAUAUUGUUUUUACCAUCUGUUAAGUUUUGUUGUUGCUGUCUUCAUUUCAUCCAUGUUUAUUGUCCUUAAGCAUCUUUCUUCAAACAUUUAGUUAGGUGUAUAAACUUUUAUCAGGUGACUUAUUUUUUUUAUUGUCAUUACACUUUCUUUUUGUGAAAUUUGUUUGCAUUAUAACCAUGCAAAAUUCACAAAUUCUGAGGUGAUUUUUUAUUAUUAGGAGACAGAUUGGUUUUUGUAGAAGUUGCCAGAGCAGUUUUUGUCUGAAAGUAAACAAUAAGUGAUGCAUUCAGUUCCCCUCCCUCGGCCACCUCCAUCGUCACCAAACAUCUGGGUUUACUUGCACUUGACUUCACUUGUUCCUGGGUUCCUGACACAGUUUUAAAAGAUUUCUAGCUUUGUACUCAUUUUGAAAAAAUACAAUAUCUUUAUCAUAAAAAGAAGCCAAUUAGCUUAUUGAUAAGAUUAUAGUUCUUAUUAUUGGAUGAGAUAUUGUACUUUCACAAGAAGAGGGAAGGUAAGCUGGUGAUCUGCUGCCAUAGUUGAGACUGAGUAUCCAACGCUGUGUGGAUUGUCAGAAGAGCCCAGUGCUUGGCUCUUUGUAAGCCAUACGUUAUGGACUUCAGGAGUCUUGUGUGUUCAAAGAAGCAAAUGUACAUAUUUGCAUUUGAAGAUUUCACAAGGAUUUUGUACUGUUGUAGUAUGAUAGUUGUACUAAGGUCUAACAUUUACUUUUUAUUUCUGUCACUUAGGAAUUCCUUUCCUCAGACUUCUAUUGUUGAGUGACAGUUAAACCCGGUGUUAUAUUUUGUUGUUUGUAAUAUAGAUAAAAUAAUUUUUUCCAGUUAUCAGUAAGGUUUUAUUCAUUGCAAUGUGUUGCUUUGACAGAUCCAAGAGCUUUUGUAUGUAUGCUGCUACAGCUCCGUGGCUAUGAAGGAUGUAGGAAUGUGUAGUUCAGUGUGUAGUUACAAGUUGUAGCUUAUUGGUAAAAACAUCAACUCUGUUGAGAAAGCAAAGAUUGUUUAUUUUGUCUUGUGCUUAUAACAUUUGUGAAGGACAGAAUGUCAAAUUAUAUUUAUAACCUGUAACUUUAUGUUGCAGCUGACACACAGCUAGGUUUCAAGGGGGAUCAAGAAAAAUUCUGUCUUCUGAUGUUAAAAAGACUGUCCAGUAUAUUUAUAACUGCCAUUUUCUGUUUCAGAAACAGAAUUACCACUUAGGCCUAACUUGGAAUUUCUUUGUACCUUGAAGUACUGUAGCAACUAUUCUCACUUGGCAUACUUCAAGUGGACCCCAGCAUUGGAAGAGUCUUUUGUAAAUUUUUGGGAGCUGAUGUUUAUAUCCAUUUUAGUAAUUACACACAUGCUACCUUUCCUUUUCUUGCUCUCAUAUUCUCUUUCCUUUUUCACUUGUAUAUUGUAUAUAGAAAUGCAUAUUUAAUUAGAUUAUAAAUGAAAUGGUUAAUAAAAUCCAUGUGUAAAGAUUGGAUUGAUGUGAAGAGUGCAUGGUGUACAUGAAGAAAUCAUAAUUCUUGUAGAAUGGAAAGCUCUUAAGAUACUUUUGUAAAAGUAUAUUUUAUAUCCAAUGAGCUAUGCUGUCUCUUAUUAUUUUGUAGUGCUAGCCACGGAGCUGAAGACGUGCAGUGGAAGUGUUCCAGAAAAGACCAUGCAUUUCUCUUUCUUUCAGCUUUCUGCAUACAAUUAGGAAAACUUGUCCAUUUUUAUAAGAGCAUCUCAGAAAGCACAAAUGGGAUAACUGCGGCUAUGUAUUGCAGCCCACUCUGAAAUUAGAUAGAGUUGGAGGUAUCAGGAUGUGUAUGUAUAUAUAUUGUAAUUGUAAAAGAAGUGCGAUAAGAUAAUGGACUUUUGUGUAUGAGAAAGUUGCAUGUAUCCAUAUAGGUAAGUUUUCCCAGUGUUGAAGGCAGAAGGAGACGGAUACAGUAGCCUGUAGAAGCCUGCCAAACUUUGAUGUUAUAUUGUAAAUGGUAUAUCCAUGGCUUCGGAUGAGAAUUUAUUCAAUAUAUCUGUUAAUUGCUGAGCAGGAUGCCAGUUGGAAGGUCAGCUUCAUAAUCUGAAUGGACAACAGCAAGGGGCUGAGUCUCCUUUACUUAGUACAAAAUAAUUUCAUUACUCUUAUUUUAAUUCUGGAAAUAACACCUGCAAGUGAGAAUUUAUUGUAAUAUUUUUCCUCUUCAGUUGCCCAGCCAAGAGCUGAGGGACCAAAUGCUAGAUGACCUACUUGAUCCUAAGUUUUACGCAGUUACCAGCAUGAUCCACUGCCGUUGUGCACUUUCAUGGCCCAUCGAUCCCUUGUAGUGGGAGAGAUGAGCAAAAAGGGAGGGAAUGAGCAAAUGUAAAGGAAGACAGGUAUGAUUUGUGUUUGUACUUAAACAGGGGAAAGACAAAAGGAGUAGAAGUUCCAUUUCAUCAUGAGAAGCAGUGCAGAGGAGAAAGAUUCUCAUUUUCCAAGUGGUUUGAGGAAUUCAGCAUCAGCCAGAAGACAAAACAGAACAGUGAGCAGCAUGUCGGGCAAUAAGUCAUGCCUUCACUGAAGUGCCUCGAAAUGAUAGUGACUUCCCCGGCCAUGGUACAGUUUGCAGAGCGUUAUUCAUGUGACAAAUAGAAUAGGAUAAUCCUGUGGAUUUUUCUUAAUUCCAUGUGCUGUAAAAUUUAGAUCAUGCCAAUAAAUCUGUAACCAUGAAUGAUGCACAAGGUUAUGGCUGCAAGUAACCAAGCCAGUUUUUAUGCCAUUGAUGAAGUGAUAUUCACAAAUUUUUGUUGGUAACAUCUCUGUUAAUUUUCUUCCCUUGAGAGUAUACUGAAUCAUGUAUUUAAGGGUAAUAAUGAACAAUGUGUUUUGCAUCAAACAUGUAUACUGUCACAUAUAUUGUAGCAGUUUCACAUCAUCUUGUGCGUCUGUAUGCAUGUAUAUGCAUUAUCUUAUUUUUGGUAUUUUGAUAAAAAACAUUUAAACACCCCACACCACACACACACAUUAGUUUACACAAACACACAUGUGCAUGCUUAAAGACAUACAUGCAUAGAUAUUCUUAGAUUUGUAUUUUUAUUUACAUGCACACACACAUACAUUUACAUGUAUACAUUAUUAUAUAUUUAAAAGUAGGUAAAAUUCACAGUUGAAAGCAAUGGAGUUGAAAUUAUCCUAAGUUGAAUUUUGGUAUGCCAUGACUUAUUCCAACGUUGUUUUGGCAUACCUUAUCUGUGAUACCAUGGAGAGAGCAAUGCAUUAUGAUGACAGAAAGAGAGAAGAGAACAAUUCAUCCAUCUUGACACAAAAGGGAUCUUGGUUAUGUAGCAUCUGGGUACAACCUGGCUAGGGUCGACUCCCCUACAAACUAUUGCUAAGCAAAUAUUACCUGUAAAACUUAAUUCUUUAAAUACAACAAAUUUGCCACA